UGAAAGCGGACUGAAAUGAUGGACAUAAACAGCAAGUCGCGGACUAGGGGCUUUGCAGAGGGGAGGAGCCACAGUGUGGUGGGGUAUAAAAGGCAAACGGGUUGAAGCAGGUACAACCACAUCCAGCAUGAACAUGAGGGGAAAGAUCAUCUUCUACGAGGAGAGGAACUUCCAGGGCCGCUCCUAUGAGUGCAUGAGCGACUGCUCCGACAUGUCCUCCAACCUGAGCCGGUGCCAGUCCUGCCGGGUGGAGAGCGGCUGCUUCAUGGUCUACGAGCGCCCCAACUUCAUGGGCAACCAGUUCUUCAUGAGGAGGGGCGAGUACUCCGACUCCAUGAGCAUGAUGGGCAUGAGGGACUGCAUCAGGUCCUGCCGCGUGGUCCCCAUGCACAGAGGCCAGUUCAAGAUCAAGAUCUUCGAGAGGGAGAACUUCAGCGGCCAGUCCAACGAGCUGCAUGAGGACUGCGACAACAUCCAGGAGCGCUUCCGCAUGAGCGACUGCAUGUCCUGCCAGGUGAUGGAGGGCCACUGGCUGCUGUUCGAGCAGCCCCACUUCCGGGGCAAGAUGAUGUACGUGAGGCCCGGAGAGUACCACAGCUUCAGGGACAUGGACAUGAGUGGCAUGAGGAUCAUGAGCAUGAAGCGCAUCAUGGACUCUUGCAACUAAAUGUUCAAUAAAAUACUUUUUGCAAU